AUGCAUAAAAUUCUGUUCGAGAAUAAGCUGUCAACUCAAUCUCCUUUUAGUCCUUUUGGUUCUUGCAAAAACUCAAAGCCAGGCAUAAUAGCAAAGAUAAAAAAUAAGAUUUAAGAUCUGUUCCAACCUUCCAUCUACCCAUCAAGUUCAAUUUAACGGAUACAAUACUAGUAUGACCAGAAUUUAGAUGAAGAACUAUCCUAUUAAUUAAAAAAUAAUCUUGUAAUUGUAGAUCACAUUAUACCUAACAAGGAGCAUAUUCCUACUGCAAAACGCAAGUCCUUAUAACCCUUUGAUUAAUAUCUCAAGCAACUUGACCAAAACCAAAUUUAAAUAUCUGACGAAGCCAAUAUCAAUAAAUAGAUCUAACAAAAAGAUUAGGAACCCCAGCUUCCUAAAUCCAAGCAACAAAUGAUGUUUAAAAAAAAUCAUGCUAAAAAUGAAAAAUAAAGAAAAAUGGAAGGUAAUUUUUGUUUUUAUUUUCAAUAGACAACUCAUAAAAAAGAGACAUUUCUUUUAAUAAAAAAUCCUUGAAUUUAAGUGAUAAAUUGAAAUAAGAAAAUUCAUCAGAUUUCCUGUCCAAUCAUUCAAUUAAAAAAAUUAAGUGCUCAGACAACACCAUCGAAAUAGCAAGUCCUUCUUAGUAAGAGGAAUGGUCUAAAGGAUAAAUGUCUCAAAUAAAUUAAUUUGAAAUUUAAUCUAUUGCAAUCUUUAAAUAAAAUUAACAAAUUGGUUGUCAAUAAUUGAGUGAUUAAAAAAAUAGGAUUUCUGAAACUCAAAAUAGACAUUCUUGCAACAUCGUUAACUUCAAAUAAUUUAUUUAAGAAAAUUAAUAUUUUUCAAGUUCUACUGGCACUAAUACAAAGGGAGAAACUUAAGAGGCCAUAUUCAAUAUGGAACAUAUUUCCUUUUCUUAAGAAACUGAUUCCUCAAUUUAAGAGAAGAGAUGCUCUAACGAUACUUCUCUUGAAAUUUAAAAUAAGUUAUAUUCAAUUUUUCAUCCUGAUAUUGCCCAAAAAGGAAAUAUCAAUUCAAAUUAGGAUUUAGAACAAAAUAAAACCCUAGAAGAACUCAAAAAUAACCAAAUUUUAGAUUAAAAUUAAUUAUCUAUUGACAUUUCGGAAUCAUCAAAGUAAAUUAAAAAAUAAAGAAAUUUGAGAUUAGAAUCAGAAAUUAUAAGUCUGUCAAUUUAAUGCAAUCCCUAAAUCAAAAACAAAAACUAGAAUUAAAUACUGUAAUCUGAACCCUAAUUUCAAUAAGAUGAAUAGAAAUGUCAAACUAACUCCUUCAUUAAAUCAUAAGACAAUUCUUUUGAUAAUCAUAGUACUCAAAAUGUGAUCCUACCUAAUCCAAUCUAGAAAUAAGAUUAAGAACCAAUUGUAUUAGAGUAAAACAAGAACUAAAUUAAAUAAUAAUAACAAAGUGAAUCAAUUUUAUAGUAGGAAUUGAAGCAAAUAGAUGAUAAACUUGAUAGUCCAUAAUCUUAAAAUACCUUAUUGUCUAUGAAUUGUGAAAGCACAAUAAUGAGCUCCAAUAUUAUUCAAGUAAAUGAUAAGCCAAAAGAAUUGAAUAUGAAGUCUAAUUAGAUUUUGAGAGAAAACAACCCAUUUUUAUAUACUAAUUCACCUAUUAGCUAAAAUUAAGUAAGAUAAUACUUUUAGUAAACCAUGUAAACAGGAAAUCCUUAAAAUUAUUUACAAUAACAAUAAAUUGCUAAAGAUCAAAUUCAGACAGAUUUACUCAAAAUGCAAACCAAUAAUUAGCUUUUCGAUUUUAAUGUGCUUUUAGAAAAUUCAGAUGUACAAGCUUAAAAUGAUAAUCUAUUUUAAAAGAAUGAUUAAUGCUUAAUUUAUAAUAAAAUGGAAAUCAUAGAUCAAAUAAAAUUACCAGAUUAAUUUAAUUAAAUCCAACCCAAUAACUAUCAACAACAAAAUUAGAAUUACUAUUCACCAACUUUUGAAUAGAAAUGUUACUACCAACCUGCUACUUUUUAGUACUCUUCAGCAUGCAUUCCAUGGGCUGGUUACUAGUCACCUAUUUUGUAAUAGAAUCCUUAUCAAUAAAUACAGUAAUCUUCAUUUCAAAUAUCAAGCAUUAAUCUAUUCUAAUCAAAUUCCUCUAUGGCUAACUCCAACCCAAACUGUUGUUAGGAAGAAAAUUCAAACAAUCAUAUCUAUACUAAAUAGGAUGUCCUUUCCUUUUUUCAAGAUCCUAACAAGAAAUAAGACUAAAGUAAUAUAUAUUCGUUAAAUUUAGAUCUAUUUACUCUUGAUUCCAAUUAAAACGUUAAUGCCCCAGCCUAGAAUUUAAAUAACAGCUUUAAUAGGGGAUAUAGAAAGAAGCAACGCAUUAAUAAUAACUGA